GCAAAAAAGAAACAAGAAUCACGUUCCCGCCAAAUUGUAAAAACUCUGUAACUAAACUAAACUAACUAACCAAUUCAUCAUUCAUUUCAUAAACCCUUCAAAAACCUUUCUCUCUCUCAUCACCUUCCAAGAAUCACCACCAUCAUGUUUCAUCACAGUACCUUCAUGAUUUCUCUAACAACUUUCUCUCUCUACCUUCUUCUCUCUCUCCUCCCAACAACCACCACCUCCCUCCCCACAAUCGGCGUCACAUACUCCUCCACCACCCGCCAAGACUCACCACCACCACCCUCACCUGACCGCAUCACCACCGCCAUGCAAAAUCUCAAACUCACUCACCUCCGUCUCGAAGAACCCGACCCAUCCAUAAUCCGUUCUCUUCUCUACACCAACAUCUCCCUCUUCCUCACAAUCCCCAACUACCUCGUCACUCCCAUCGCCACUAACCGCUCCAUCGCACGUGCAUGGAUCUACACUCACGUGCUUCCCUUCUACCCACGCGCCAAAAUCACCACCAUCUCCGUCGGUAACGCCUUCACCGACGUUUACCCUGAAUCCAUCAACAACCUCCUUCCCGCCAUCUCCAACGUUCACAUCUCCCUUCGCGACCUCGGUAUUCGUAAAAUCUCCGUUUCAACUUCCUUCUCCUUCGUCACCGCCGUAACUUCCCCUUUUCCACCUUCCUCCGCCGCGUUUCAAGAAAUUCCCGGCGUUAACCUGAUCGGUCCACUUCUCCAAUUCCUCUCCGAUACUAAUUCAUCUUUCUUGAUCAAUCUUUAUCCCUACAAUCUCUACCGUUUACGUCCUGAGAUUCCUCUCGGAAUCGCGCUUUUUCAAGAACAUCCGUUUAACUUCCGUGACGAUUUCACUACCGGAGUUCGUUAUAAAAACCUCUUUGAUAUUAUGGUUGAUGCUGUGGUUUCAGCAAUGGCGCUGGAAGGUUACGAAACGAUUCCGGUGAUUGUUACAGAAACCGGUUGGCCUAGCUCUGGAAGUGAGCUUGAUGCGAAUUCGGCUUAUGCAGAGAUUUAUCUGAAGGGAUUGGUGAAGCAUUUGAAGUCCGGUGCCGGAACGCCAUUGUUGAAAGAUGGAGUGAAAGGGGUUUAUCUGUAUGAAUUGUUUGAUAAGGAAGGUGCUGGAAAUGGAAGGAAUUGGGGGAUUUUGUAUCCGAAUGGUUCGACAAAGUAUGAUAAGAUUGAUUUCUCUUCUGGAUGGAAAAGAUUGGUGAAUGUGGGUUUCAUUUUGUUGCUGAUUGUUCUUCAGGUUUGUUGUUGAUUAGCUCUGUUUUAGUGUUAAUGUUGUUUAAGUUUUGAUGUUUAGUGAUAAUGAUUAGUUAAUUGGGUUUUAAGAUUUGUAAUUAGAUUGGUUUAUGAAACCAACAGAAACAGAAAGUUUGUAUUCUUCUGUAGAGAACUAUUGUGAAUUGUGUUUGAGUUAAUGACUCAAUGAAGCUUGAAUUCAGAUUCUUUUGUUUUGUGUAA